GCUGCCCUCAUCGCCCCACUGCAUGUCUUCCCCCUUAGAUCUCUCUCAUCAGAAGGACCUUCCCCAACCCAACCACCCCAACCCCUUCCCUACGGCUCAGUCUUUUUGGUCCCAGGCUCAUCGCAACUCCUCCAGAAAGGUUUCACCCAGCUACCAGAAUGGCUGAGUGCAGUUUCCCAACCACAAGCACCAAGGCAGAAGGGCAAGCAGCACGCAACUCCAGCAACCAGAGUACCAGCGCAGCCAUGGUCCUUGAGGUGAGUGAAUGCCAAGUGCUAGAUGCCUCAGACUUGGCCAGCUUCCUGGAAAACUCUAGCAUUUCCUACGACUAUGGAGAAAACAAGAAUGACUCCUGCUGUGACACCCCACCUUGUCCACAGGACUUCAGCCAGAACUUCGACCGGGCCUUCCUUCCGGUCCUCUAUAGCCUUCUCUUUGUGCUGGGGCUGCUGGGUAAUGGUGUUGUGGCAGCUGUGCUGCUGAGCCAGCGGUCCGCCCUGAGCAGCACUGACACCUUCCUGCUCCACCUGGCCGUGGCUGACACACUGCUGGUGCUGACACUCCCGCUCUGGGCAGUGGAUGCUGCUGUCCAGUGGGUCUUUGGCUCUGGCCUCUGCAAAGUGGCAGGCGCCCUAUUCAACAUCAAUUUUUAUGCCGGAGCCCUCCUGCUGGCCUGUAUCAGCUUUGAUCGCUACCUGAGCAUAGUGCAUGCCACCCAGCUCUACCGCCGGGGGCCCCCGACCCGCGUGGCCCUUACUUGUGUGGUUGUCUGGGGGCUCUGCCUACUGUUUGCCCUCCCGGACUUCAUCUUCCUCUCAGCGCAUCGUGAUGACCGCCUCAAUGCUACCCUCUGCCAGCACACCUUUCCGCGGUUUGGCCGCACAGCUCUGCGUGUGCUGCAGCUGGUGGCUGGUUUCCUACUGCCCUUGCUGGUCAUGACCUACUGCUAUGCCCGCAUCCUGGCUGUGCUGCUGGUCUCCAGAGGGCAGCGGCGCCUGCGAGCCAUGCGGCUAGUGGUAGUGGUAGUGGUGGCCUUUGCCCUCUGCUGGACCCCCUAUCACCUAGUGAUUAUGGUAGACAUCCUCAUGGACCUGGGGGCCCUGGCUCGCAACUGUGGCCGAGAAAGCCAUGUGGAUGUGGCCAAGUCAGUCACCUCGGGCAUGGGUUACAUGCACUGCUGCCUCAAUCCACUGCUCUAUGCCUUUGUGGGAGUCAAGUUCCGAGAGCGUCUAUGGACACUGCUCACACGUCUGGGCUGCCUUGCCCUCCAGCAGCAGCCAUUGUCUUCCCGCAGAGAUUCUUCCUGGUCUGAGACUACAGAGGCCUCUUAUUCAGGCUUGUGAGACUAAGAUGGGGGCUCCCCUUUGGCCCAUGCAGUCCUCACCCACAUUUCAGGUUCACUUCCUUCCUCACUGUUAGGCUGGCUUUGGCUAUCCCCAUAAUCCAGCCCCUGGAGCUCCCUGGAGGCUCCAAUACUGCCAGGUCUCCCAGAGAGCUGCCCUCCCUGUCCUGGGGACUGAGCCAUUGCUGAUCCCUAGCUGCCAAGACCUCUCCUACUACUUCAGAGGUAGAUGCCUAGAGCCCCACUGCCCUUGUAAUUCAGCAACUAAACUCGGCCUUUCCCAUGUGCAGGGAGUAUGAAGCCAACAGCAUAGAGUGCUGCCCCAUGGGGCUGCAGCCCAGGCCACCAGCUCAGCAACAACUGUGACUAUGGUUCCCAAGACCCCUAUAUGUUUGCCUUUUAUUUUUUAUGUCUAAAAUCCUGCUUAACACUUUUCAAUAAACAAAAUAAUCAGACCAGGGUGUGUUAGUAGUUAUCAUUAUGAUCAGCCCUGACUAGACAUGGGGAUGUACUUCCUGCUUCUCCCUGCCUGGACCUGGGGCCUUGACCCUCUUCUGAAUCACCUAUUACCUGGUGGUACCGGUAGACACCUUCAGGGAUUGCAGCAGCAGGGAGCUGUCAGGUAGCUGGCUACCUAGGCACUUCUGAGCAUACUUUGGGGAAGGGAUCACUAGAGGUGAAUAAGACAUGGUCCCUGAACCUAAGGUCAGGCCAGCAGGGAAUAUGUGACAAUGUCACCAGUUAGUGUGGAUUCUUAGCUGCA